UGUAUCUUUUACAUUCUUAAAUCCAAUACUAAUAGUCUACAUAAGCAUUGCCCCAUCAAAUGUUCAAGUAUCAUCAGGAUGGGAACCCCCGACCCCCUUCCCCAGAUAAAAGGGAUUUAAAUUUAAUAAUAUCUACUGCCACUUCCCUGUCCAUUAAAUUCUUUCUUUAUCUAUUACGUCCUAUUUAACCACACAGCUCUACAAUUUCUUUAAGCCCCUCUAUAUCGAUCAGAAUUUCCUAUUUACAAAACCUGUCUGAGUUGAGAAUCUUUGUGCUAUGACUUUCCAGAGGGAUGAAGAAAAAUAUGAGACAUCAGUCAACAACCAAGAUGGUGAAUCGAAAACAGGAGAUGACAAUAACGAAACAGGAGCUGGAGAUGAUAACUUGGGGGAUUUGUUGAGUUUAGGACUUAACAGAAAUGAGCCUGCAACAGCUGGAGAGUGUGAUCCUCAAUCAAAACCUGCUAGCAACAAGGUUUUCUCAUGCAACUUUUGCAUGAGAAAGUUUUAUAGUUCUCAGGCCUUGGGUGGCCACCAAAAUGCACACAAGAGGGAAAGAGGAGCUGCUAAAAGGUUCCAGUCUCACAAAAUGAUGAUGACAACAAUGGGGGUUCCCUUCAAUUCUAUUGCGGUUCGAUCACUGGGUGUCCAACCUCAUGCUAUUGUUCACAAGCCUAUCACAGAAGGGUCAGCAAUGGUAGCAAGAUUUGGAAGUGAUUCCAGUCCUGUGUUUGGGAUGGCUGGGACACCCUGUAUGCUUGAAGAAUCAAUGGAUUUGAUCUGGCCAGGAAGCUUCCGCCUUGAUAAAUUACCAAAGCAAGAACCUGAUUUGCAAAAGCUUGACUUAAAUCUUCGGUUGUAGAAUUCUAUCUCACUUUGAGGAGUUUUGUCUUUUUAUUUUCCCAUAAAAUCUAAAGGCUUUGUUAUCUUUGUGUAAUAUGUUUCAUAUGCUCAUCGUUUGUCUAAUAAUCACUACUAAUUAUGUUCUGUAAAAAGGAUAGCCUGCCUCUUCCUCUACAAUUCUACUAAUUAUAACAUCCAAACUUUAUUCUCAUUUUGAGAUAUCUUUCUCAAUCAUGAAUAAACAAAUUUAACAUUUUACUUAUGAUUAACAACAAUUUCUUUUUCAAUUUUCACAAGUUUAACUAUUACUAAGAAUGCUAAAUUGAAUGAAUGUGAUCCCUAUAGUGUAUCCCACAAUACCAGUAGUGUGCUAGAAAUUCUGUUGGUUCCUUGACUUUCUCCAAACCUUAAAACGAAAAUGAAAAUGUUUUUCACUUUUGACCUUCUAAGUUCAAGUUACUAAGCAUCAAGGAGAAGUUAAAAACUUGGUAGCUGAUAGGAUUGCAAUUGCCACUUGCCAGCACUGGAUCAGAACCAGUUUUCCUGCUGAUCUGGGCUAAGACCAACUCAUGUAGCUCAAGUACCAAUUCUAACAUUGUAGUUGACCACGCUUUUGGGCUUUUCUCCAAAUCAAAAGUACAUAUGAUCUCAUUAACGUCAAUCAAUUAUGGAGUGGGUUCAUAGCUUGGCCCCUUCGAAGUGGUUAAAUAA